GAUAUUAUCUGCCCCCGGUGCCCCUUCCAACUUCCCACCUUCAACUUCAGCUUUCUCUCUAUCUCUGCUCGUCACCACUUCUUCCAAGCUCCAAGAUCUCAGACAUCUCUUACAUUCCUCCCUCCACCAGGCGGCCCUCACGCUCUGAUGCUGAGCUGAGCCCCCGCCUUCUGUAAAUCGACGAGACUCGCAACACACAAUUUACCAAACCCUCCUUACCCCGCUCCUCUCCUCCCCUUGACCUCGUCCUCUGCCCCUUGACUUCAUAUCUUUUCACAAACAGAUCAACAGCUUCUUGACUUCUGGCUUCUUCCGGACUGGAACAUCAAAAUUCCUUUGGACUGGACAUCUGGAUCCAAGGUCGCUCUUUGUUCUGGAUACUGGACUGCCGACCUGCCUGGAGUUCUUUCACCGGAUCCGGAAACCGGACCUCCUCGCUGGACUCCCUGGAGCUUCUAUAGCAGACUUGUGUGUUAGUUAGUACAAUACGAAUUUGAAGCCUAAAUCCCAGAAUUUUUGCUUCUUCCUCUUCCCUGCCUGGUUGGUUCUCGUUUUGCAGACACAAGGAUCUCUAACCGCUGGUGUUGUUGUCAAAUCUGAAGCCAUCAGAUCAUGGCGUCGGCUUUUCACAGAUGCCAGCAUUGUGGCUACGAGACAGACCUCUCGAACAAUCUGGCAGCCUUUGAAGAGAACCCUCAUUGCAGACAGUGCGGACUAUCGGCGUUCGAGAGCGAUAUCAAGAUGCAGGACGACCUGAUCAACAUGAUGACACGCAACCUGCAUCUCGGCCCUCUCCAGUCUCCGCCAGACAUGUCCAUGCCUCCGACCCCUCAAGUUGUCCCGCAGUCGACGCCAAUCACAUAUAUCACACAACACUAUCAUCACUCAGCACACCAGGCACCACAGGAUCUUCCCGUCUCAACCGCCCUCGAACGAUCCGGCAUCAAUGCCUCGGCGUUGUUCCCAUCCCAGUUGCAGUUGUUCAAGAAUGCAGAGCCUGAACAAAGGUUGAGGUUGAUCGAACUCUGGCAAAUCGCCCCUCCAACGUACGGCAGUCAGAUGCACCCUGAUGAUUUGGCGAAUUGGCCGCAGACGAGCAUGGAAAGAGAAGAAGAAGCCGCCAAGUAUCGAUUGCAGUUGGUGGAACAAGAGAGGUUAAAGAAUUUAUGUGCUCUGCCUGCGGGUGAGAUCAGACAAACUGCAGAGCCAUAUAUACUACAUGGCUACGAGACACAGUCAAACGUAAACGGAGUUACAGCUUCGACGGAACUUGGCCCUCUCAUGAUGAAGGAAGACAACUACAAACAAUCGAAGGACCCGGUAUACAAUAGCAGAGAGUGGUGGCAUCUGUCUGACGAUGAGCCCAUGGAACAUCAAUACGGCAUGCUCCAGCAGAUGUAUGGUUAUGGGAUUGAUUAUUCCGUUGCUAGACGCGGUGAUGGGGAUUCAGAGAUGUCUUGAUUCACGGAUUCAGGGUGUGACGUGGCAACCAUGCAACAGAUGAAAGUGAUGGCAUGAUGUUGGCGUGCGAAGACUGCUUGGAAUGUUUGAUUUCGUGGUUGCAUAGAUUGGGCUGUAGAUACUGAUCGACAUCGUUCCUUUGUUCAAAUGGAAAUUGCACAUAACCAGAC